AUGCGUACUCAAGAUGCGCAUGAAUAUGCCCAUGAUUUCAAGACAAUUCACAACCCACCAUGGCUGCAUGCGCUGUACAUGCACUGGUUGGAUUUAUUGCAGGAGCCAUUCAAGGGUGUCACAACUGAUGGAAACGUCCGACCUGGGCUCUUCACACUACAAGAUGAAGACGUUCCCAUCGGCAACAUAGUAGGUACAGUUGAGACUCUACUCUCCAUAGUAGACGAAAAACAACGCCAAGCACUCUCAUAUCACAUCGACUCCCCCGAAUGGCGCACAUGGUCAAACCCCGAAUUCCUCCUCAGCCACAAAGGCCUCCGUCUCGACGAGGUCAACACCGACACCCGCGACGCAAUUCUGAACGUGCUCAAGGCUACUUUAUCCCCAGAGGGUUAUGACAAGGCCGUUAAAGCCAUGCGCAUCAACCAUUUCCUAGGCGAGCUUGUCGAAUCACCAAAGGUGAUGAACGAGUUCUCCUACAACUUUGUCCUGUUUGGACGUCCCUCUACCACCAGGCCCUGGGGAUGGUCGUUCUACGGCCAUCAUCUCUGUCUGAACGUGUUCUUGUACAAAGGCCAGAUCGUCGCUUCGCCGUGGUUCACAGGCGCAGAACCCAAUGAGAUCGACUCCGGUCCGCAUGCAGGCACCCGCAUUAUGCAGGUCGAGGAGGAACUCGGUCUCCGACUUAUGCAGUCGCUCAGUCCAGAUCUCCAGCAACAGACUCGCGUGUACGCUGAUAUGCAUGAUUCCGCAAUGCCACCUGGUCGCUGGAACAAGGAUGACCAGCGACAUGUGUGUGGUGCGUAUCGGGAUAACCGAGAGGUUCCGUACGAGGGCAUCCUCGCUUCAUCGCUCAACGAGGAGCAGAAGGAAUUGCUCUACGGGAUUUUGGAACAGUAUCUACUUUACCUCCCCAAGCGAUCGCGGGAUAUGAAAUUGGAUCACAUCCGGCAGUUCGAGUCAGAGACGUACUUCUCCUGGAUUGGUGGUUUUGGCGACCAGGAUCCGUUUUAUUACCGGAUUCAGAGCCCCGUGGUUCUCGUGGAGUUUGAUCAUCACUCCGGUGUCUUCUUGAACAACGAAGAGCCGAAGAAGUUCCACAUUCACACUUUGCUGCGCACGCCUAAUGGUGGGGACUACGGAUAUGCCUUGCGGCCGUUGAUUCCCGCUGUGGAGGGAAUAGUGGGGAAGGACAUUACGUGGGAGAAGUCGGCUCUUUAG